GGGCGCGCGCGGGCGGGGGGCGGAGCGGAGUCCCGGGCGCACCUCCCGUGUCCUCCCUCCGCAGUCCAUUCGGGUCCCUCCCCUGCACUCCUCUCGGACCCGAGGCCGCCCGCGCUGUCGCUGCGGACGAGUGUCCCGCGGCGCCCCCCCUCGCCGCGCCGUCCGUCGGGCAUGGACUCGGGCCGGGACUUCCUGACCCUGCACGGGCCAGGGCUGCCUUCUGGACGCCACACUGUCCCGGGCCUGGCUCAGCGGGCGGCGGGGGCACUUCGGAACGUCAUGCAGUGCCUGGGGGUCAGGCGCCGAACCCGGAGCCAGAGCCGCUCCAGAGAGCUCUACCUGCAGGAGCAGAGCCUCGAGGUGGCAGCUCUCAAUGAGCAGAGGCUGGGCCUACAGGAUGACAAGGACCUACAGGCACUGCUGAAAGGCAGCCAACUCCUGAAGGUGAAGUCCAACUCAUGGCGGAGAGAACGCUUCUACAAGCUGCAGGAGGACUGCAAGACCAUCUGGCAGGAGUCCCACAAGGUCAUGCGGACCCCAGAGUCCCAGCUGUUCUCCAUCGAGGACAUUCAGGAGGUGCGGAUGGGGCACCGCUCAGAGGGCCUGGAGAAGUUUGCCCGAGACGUGCCUGAGGACCGCUGCUUCUCCAUCGUCUUCAAGGACCAGCGCAACACUCUAGACCUCAUCGCCCCAUCGCCCGCCGACGCCCAGCACUGGGUGCAGGGCCUGCGCAAGAUCGUCCAUCACUCGGCCUCCAUGGCCCAGCAGCAGAAGCUGCGGCACUGGAUUCAUUCCUGCUUGCGAAAAGCUGACAAAAACAAGGACAACAAGAUGAACUUCAAGGAGCUGCAGGACUUCCUGAAGGAGCUCAACAUCCAGGUGGAUGACAGCUAUGCCCGAAAGAUAUUCAGGGAAUGUGACCACUCUCAGACAGACUCCCUAGAGGAUGAGGAGAUCGAGACCUUCUACAAGAUACUGACCCAGAGGAAGGAGAUCGACCUCACCUUCAAGGAGGCUGCGGGCUCGGGGGAGACCCUGUCGGUGGAUCAGUUAGUGAUCUUCUUGCAGCACCAACAGCGAGAGGAGGAGGCAGGGCCUGCACUGGCCCUCUCCCUCAUUGAGCGCUACGAGCCCAGCGAGACGGCCAAGACGCAGCGGCAGAUGACCAAGGACGGCUUCCUCAUGUACCUGCUCUCGGCCGACGGCAGCGCCUUCAACCGGGCGCACCGGCGGGUCUACCAGGACAUGGGCCAGCCGCUCAGUCACUACCUGGUGUCGUCCUCUCACAACACCUACCUGCUGGAAGACCAGCUCACGGGGCCCAGCAGCACCGAAGCCUACAUCCGGGCGCUGUGCAAAGGCUGCCGCUGCCUGGAGCUCGACUGCUGGGAUGGGCCCAACCAGGAACCGGUCAUCUAUCACGGCUACACCUUCACCUCCAAGAUCCUCUUCUGCGACGUGCUCAGGGCCAUCCGGGACUACGCCUUCAAGGCGUCCCCCUACCCCGUCAUCCUGUCCCUGGAGAACCACUGCAGCCUGGAGCAGCAGCGUGUGAUGGCGCAACACCUGCACACCCUCCUGGGCCCCAUGCUGUUGGAUCGGCCACUGGACAGUGUCACCAGCAGCCUGCCUUCCCCUGAGCAACUGAAGGGGAAGAUCUUGCUGAAGGGGAAGAAGCUUGGGGGGCUUUUCCUCCCUGGAGGGGAAGGCAGCCCUGAGGCCACUGGGGUGUCAGACGAGGAUGAGGCCUCUGAGAUGGAGGACGCGGCAGUGAGGAGCCAAGUGCAGCACAAGUCCACGGAGGACAAGCUCAGACUAGCAAAGGAGCUCUCAGAUAUGGUCAUUUACUGCAAGAGCGUCCACUUUCUGGGCUUCCCCAGUCCUGGCACCCCUGGGCAGGCUUUCUAUGAGAUGGCAUCCUUCUCCGAGAACCGCGCCCUCCGACUGCUCCAAGAAUCAGGAAACAGCUUUGUCCGCCACAAUGUGAGUCACCUGAGCAGGAUCUACCCCGCCGGGUGGAGAACGGAUUCCUCCAACUACAGCCCUGUGGAGAUGUGGAAUGGGGGCUGCCAGAUUGUGGCCCUGAACUUCCAGACACCUGGGCCAGAGAUGGACAUAUACCAGGGCCGAUUCCAGGACAAUGGGGCCUGUGGGUACGUGCUGAAGCCUGCCUUCCUGCGAGACCCCAACUCCACCUUCAACUCCCGUGCCCUGGCUCAGGGGCCCUGGUGGGCUCGGAAGCGGCUCAAUGUCAGGGUCAUCUCAGGGCAGCAGCUGCCAAAAGUCAACAAGAAUAAGAAUUCAAUUGUGGACCCCAAGGUGACAGUGGAGAUCCAUGGCGUGGGCCAGGACGUGGCCAGCCACCAGACUGCUGUGGUCACCAAUAACGGUUUCAACCCAUGGUGGGACACAGAGUUUGAGUUCGAGGUGAUCGUGCCUGAGCUCGCCCUCGUGCGCUUUGUGGUGGAGGACUACGACGCCUCCUCCAAGAACGACUUCAUUGGCCAGAGCACCAUCCCCUUGAAGAGCCUCAAGCAGGGAUACCGCCACAUCCACCUCCUGUCCAAGAACGGAGACCAGCACUCGUCUGCCACCCUCUUUGUGAAGGUGGGCCUCCAGGACUAGGCUCGGGGAGUCUGGUGAGGGCUGCCCCGAGCGGACCAGGCCCUCUGUCCACAUCUGGGGGCAGGACAGGGGCUGCUCCCAACCUCUCGCUCAGAGCUGGCAGCCCCGCACUGCCUUCAGCUCCAACCUACUGUCUGUGUUGCUGCCUCUCGGGAGCCCAGGAGCUGGCCCAGUCCCUGGAGCUGUCCUCAAUUCCGUUAGGAAUGACACUGCAGCCCGCUCCAUCCUCCAGCCGGGCCCUAGGUUGAGGGUUUUUAUAAAAAUCAUAAGACUAAG